UUAAACAGGAGCACAGAUGUGACCUUGACUCUGAAAGAUCCCCAUUAUCCCGACCAUGACCUUGGAAUCAUUUUGAUGUCAGUCACCCUGACCCCCAAGGAAGGCGACCCCAGGGAUGUGACAAUGCUAAUGAGGAAGAGUUGGAAAAGAUCCAGUAAGGAACUCUCAGAAAAUGAAGUGUUUGGAUCUCACUUCUCUGUGCAGUCUUUCUUUUGGAGGUUUCAGACCCAAAGCUUACGUCUGUCAGACCAGCACAGGAAAUCGCACCUGUGGAGAGGAAUCGUCAGCAUCACCCUGAUUGAGGGCCGAGACCUCAAAGCAAUGGAUUCCAAUGGCUUGAGUGAUCCCUAUGUGAAGUUCCGGCUAGGUCAUCAGAAGUACAAGAGCAAGAUUAUGCCCAAAACUUUGAAUCCUCAGUGGAGGGAGCAGUUUGAUUUUCAUCUCUAUGAAGAAAGAGGGGGUAUCAUCGACAUCACUGCCUGGGACAAAGAUGCUGGGAAAAGGGAUGAUUUUAUUGGAAGGUGCCAGGUUGACCUGUCGUCCCUCAGUAGGGAGCAAACGCACAAGCUGGAGUUACAGCUGGAAGAGGGUGAGGGCCACCUGGUUCUGCUUGUCACUCUGACAGCCUCAGCCACAGUCAGCAUCUCCGACCUCUCCGUCCACUCCCUGGAGGACCAGAAGGAGCGGGGAGAGAUAUUAAAGAGAUACAGCCCACUGAGGAUAUUUAACAACCUAAAAGAUGUGGGAUUUCUCCAGGUGAAAGUCAUCAGAGCUGAAGGUUUGAUGGCUGCUGACGUCACAGGUAAAAGUGAUCCAUUUUGUGUAGUGGAACUGAACAACGAUAGGCUGCUAACACACACUGUCUACAAAAACCUCAAUCCUGAGUGGAACAAAGUAUUCACAUUCAACAUUAAAGACAUCCAUUCAGUCUUGGAAGUGACAGUUUAUGAUGAAGACCGUGACCGGAGCGCCGACUUUCUGGGCAGAGUCGCUAUACCGUUGCUGUCUAUUCAAAAUGGUGAACAGAAAGCCUACGUCUUGAAAAACAAGCAGCUGACAGGGCCCACAAAGGGGGUCAUCUGUCUUGAAAUAGAUGUGAUUUUUAAUGCCGUGAAAGCCAGCUUACGAACAUUAAUCCCCAAAGAACAGAAGUACAUUGAAGAGGAGAACAAGCUCUCCAAACAGCUGCUUCUGAGAAACUUCGUCAGAACGAAGCGUUGCGUCAUGGUGCUGGUAAACGCUGCAUACUACGUUAAUAGCUGCUUUGAUUGGGAUUCACCCCCAAGGAGUCUUGCAGCUUUUGUGCUCUUCCUCUUUGUCGUCUGGAACUUUGAGCUCUACAUGAUACCACUGUUGUUAUUGCUACUACUGACCUGGAACUACUUCCUAAUAGUAUCAGGGAAAGAUAACAGGCAACAUGAUACGGUGGUGGAGGACAUGCUGGAGGACGAGGAGGAAGAAGAUGAGAAGGAUGACAAGGAUGGUGAAAAAAAAGGAUUUAUAAAUAAAAUCUAUGCCAUCCAAGAAGUCUGUGUCAGUGUGCAGAACAUCCUGGAUGAAGUGGCUUCCUUCGGCGAAAGGAUAAAGAAUACUUUCAACUGGACUGUCCCAUUCUUAAGCUGGCUGGCCAUUGUAGCCCUCUGUGUGUUCACAGUUAUUCUGUACUUCAUCCCACUGAGAUACAUUGUUCUUGUCUGGGGAAUUAAUAAAUUUACAAAAAAGCUUCGGAGUCCAUAUGCAAUUGAUAACAAUGAACUACUUGACUUCCUUUCCAGAGUCCCUUCAGAUGUACAAGUGGUGCAAUACCAAGAACUGAAAGCAGACCAUUCUCAUAGCCCAUAUAAAAGGAAGAAAAACAACCUUGGCUAGCCAGCUCCAGCACUGAGGAGACAAGCAUGCUUGGGAAGAGAAAAGCCCUUCAGCCUCGCAGCAUUUCCUUUCUUUCUGCUUUUUAUUUAUUUUCCCUUUUUAUCAUGAUGGAGAAAAUUGUAAAUAGUGUACAAAAGGAAUAUGUCUUUGAAAAUAUACUUCCAUUGUACAGUCUGAACUUGAUAAAAGAUUUUAACUAGUGGAGUGUGGAAGCCUUGUUAGAUAUAGAUAAUAUAGCCAACCGAAAGAAUAAAAAUAAUGGUUAUAAAACUGGAAGAAACAUAUUUCUUGAAUUACAAGUGAAAGAACCAGAAUAUCGGAUUAAAUGCUCAAUUGUACUCUGAUUAACCCUAUAUAAAAUAUAAAUACUGAUUUGAUCUUUAGGUUUCUUGUUAUGUGACUAUUUCUUAUCUGAAAAGUAAUUCAUUAGUUUUUUUUAUGGUUAUGCAGUUCAAAAGGGGGGAACCCCAAAGUCUGAAUAAUGGAAAUGUUUCAAUUUACCAUCCAUCCUGACUUUCCCUCCUGUGUAAAUAAGUUACUUCUGUAUGGCUAAGGCUGAUUUCAAGUUCAUGAGUACAGGCACAUUCAUAUAUUUUGCUGUCUCCUUACACACACAACCCCUUAGGAGAAUCUGAGAUUCUAUGAAUAAAACUUUUAAGCCUUCUAUCAUUCCAUCUAAAACCUUAAAAUCUCUCCAGAACUAUACUAAAUAAAUACUGCCAGGUUUAUAAAUGAUUGAAUACCAGGAUUUUUUUAUAUACCACUACUUAAUUUAUACUGAGUUAGCAAAUUAGCAAGCCAAUUCAGUUGUCAAAAAUACUAGCAAACUAAAUCCAUACUGCAUUUGGUGUCAAAUUACACCCUUGCACAUCUUACAAAACCAAACCAAACCAAACCAAACCAAACCAAACCAAACUGAAGUGUCCUCACGGGAAAAACAAAAACCAGUAUCUGCAUUCUCACUAACUGCUCACACGCUUUAAUGCGCACUCUGAAUUUUGUUAUAUUGAGUUUUAAUGUAGAGAAUGCAGUGGACGAAGUGAAAGGCCAGUUACAUCAUUUAUGAAGAAAGGUCACUGAACGUGCAUGAAAACCUGUUUUGUAAAAUAAACUGCUUUUAAAGUGGUUAUCAUUAAAAAUACUUCACUAACCACACUCUAUACUUAAACAGUGCAUUCUUAAAGCUAACUCCAGGGUCUAUCAAGGGAACAUACCUCUGCAGAGAUAACCUGGUCAGUGAGAAUGUCUUCACUGACUUGUUAAAGGAAUUAAACUCAAUGGAAAUUGCUGCAGACAAUGUUUUGCACUACUUUAUUAAUUGCUAUUCAUAAACAACUGGGGUGGGAUGAAGAAUGUAGAAAAGCAGAAAUAUAUAUUUCACUCUAAAGAAAUUCUUUAAAUCUCAUCAAAGCUGAUUUUUAAAGUAUUUUUAUUUUAGAAAUAAGUUGUUAAAUACUAUUUCUUACAAUAGAACUAUUUUGAUGUUUAUACACUAUGCUUGCAAGAAUGCUGACUAAAUUACCUUUCUACAGAAAGGCUUUGACUUCACCUCAAUAUGCUCCAUUUAGUGUAUUAUGUUUAAAAUGACAUGCUUACAUCUGCAUUCUAUCACUGUUUGUUGCAAAAAACAUACUACUUUAUGAAGUUGACCUAUUACAAAGUUUAUUGAUGAGAUCAUUUGUUUGGUUAAGUUCUGAUUAUACCUGUGAGAUUUAUGUUCUGUGCUGACAGUGUCUACUCAAAUGUCUAUAAGCCUGACAUUCUAUAACCUCAGAUGUACCUAGUGGAUGUAACCAUUAAGAGAUGACUAAGUUUUGUUUGUUCCAUUGUGUAAGAUUUCACAUGUUGACUACAUAUUCACUGCAUUAAAUACAAAAGAAAAUAA